GCGGCGCCGACGGCGAGGCCGCUCCCCGCGCCCGCCCCUCGCAGCCGGCGCGGGGCAGCGGCGCCGGUGGCGGGGAGCGACCGGGCGCUGCCGCCGGCGGGCGCCGCGCACAUGGCCUGUCUGAUGGCGGCUUUCUCCGCGGGCACCGCUGCGGCCUGGUACACAUCCCAUUGAUACCAGUGCGAGGUGCCCAUUCAGAUAGGAGGAAUGGAAAAAGUUCUGAUUUUGUGUGACUAAUGGAAAAGAAGAAAGCGGGCAGGCAGCAGGUCAUUGUCACACUCUGGAGAGGAGGGAGAAGUGAUUCAGUCAAAAAAAAUGCCAAGCAGAAUUGCACAGACUUCUGUGAUGGACAAAGUGUGAUAAAGAGUACCAGCAAUUCUGCUUCUACUAUGGCCGAGCCAAAGUCAGUGUGCGUUUCAGUGGAUGAAGCGGUCUCACAUGGCACAGAUAACCAAGAUGCUCGACUGAUGAAUGGGCAUUUAAAAAAAGUGGACAAUACUCUGACAGAAGCUCAUCGUUUCUCUUACCUGCCCCGCAGACCAGCUGUGAACAUUGAGUUUAAAGAACUGUCGUACUCUAUCCAGGAAGGGCCAUGGUGGAGGAAGAAGGGUUACAAGACCCUUUUGAAAGGGAUUUCAGGGAAAUUCAGCAGUGGAGAGCUUGUUGCAAUUAUGGGCCCUUCUGGCGCUGGGAAGUCGACACUCAUGAACAUUCUGGCAGGAUACAGAGAGACGGGAAUGAAAGGAGAAAUUCUCAUCAAUGGACAGCCUCGUGACCUGCGCUCUUUUCGCAAAGUCUCCUGUUACAUCAUGCAAGAUGACAUGCUUCUUCCUCAUCUUACUGUCCAAGAAGCUAUGAUGGUAUCUGCUCAUCUGAAACUUCAAGAGAAAGAUGAAGGAAGAAGGGAAAUGGUAAAGGAAAUACUGACGGCCCUCGGUUUGCUCACAUGUGCCAACACGAGGACUGGGAGUCUUUCUGGAGGCCAGAGGAAGCGUCUUGCCAUUGCUUUGGAGCUGGUGAACAAUCCUCCUGUCAUGUUUUUUGAUGAACCAACCAGUGGCUUGGAUAGUGCAUCAUGCUUUCAGGUUGUCUCUUUGAUGAAGGCUUUAGCCCAGGGGGGCAGGUCCAUCAUCUGCACGAUUCACCAGCCCAGUGCUAAACUGUUUGAGUUGUUUGAUCAGCUCUAUGUUUUAAGUCAAGGUCAAUGCAUUUACCGUGGGAAAGUAUUAAACCUUGUCCCUUACUUGAGAGAUUUGGGUUUAAAUUGUCCAACCUACCACAAUCCAGCAGAUUUUGUUAUGGAAGUCGCUUCUGGUGAGUACGGAGACCAGAACAGCCGGCUGGUCAGGGCAGUACGGGAGAGGAUAUGUGACACAGACUACAAGAGAGAUGUUGGUGAGAACGAGUUGAACCCCUUCCUCUGGCACCGGCCUUCUGAAGAGGAUUCGUCCUCCACAGAAGGCUGCCACAGCUUCUCUGCCAGCUGCCUAACCCAGUUCUGCAUCCUCUUCAAAAGGACUUUUCUCACCAUCAUGAGGGAUUCAGUCCUGACGCACUUGCGUAUCACCUCACACAUUGGAAUCGGACUGCUCAUUGGCUUGCUCUACUUAGGGAUUGGCAAUGAAGCUAAGAAGGUUCUCAGCAACUCUGGCUUCCUCUUUUUUUCCAUGUUGUUUCUUAUGUUUGCUGCGCUCAUGCCAACUGUCCUUACAUUUCCUCUUGAGAUGGGAGUGUUUCUUAGAGAGCAUCUGAACUACUGGUACAGCCUGAAAGCCUACUAUCUUGCUAAAACCAUGGCUGAUGUUCCUUUUCAGAUCAUGUUUCCUGUAGCUUACUGCAGCAUUGUGUACUGGAUGACCUCGCAGCCAUCUGAUGCACUCCGAUUUGUCCUCUUUGCGGCCUUGGGAACCAUGACGUCCCUGGUGGCUCAGUCACUGGGUCUUCUGAUAGGUGCAGCCUCUACAUCCCUCCAGGUGGCCACUUUUGUGGGCCCAGUUACUGCCAUUCCGGUGCUUCUGUUCUCCGGGUUUUUUGUCAGCUUUGAUACCAUUCCAACGUACCUCCAGUGGAUGUCCUACAUUUCCUAUGUCAGAUACGGGUUCGAAGGGGUUAUUCUCUCCAUCUAUGGACUGGAUCGAGAAGAUCUACAUUGUGACAAAGAUGAUACUUGCCAUUUUCAAAAAUCAGAGGCGAUUCUGAGAGAACUGGAUGUAGAAAAUGCCAAACUUUACCUGGACUUCAUUGUGCUCGGAAUUUUCUUCUUCUCUCUGCGCCUAAUUGCCUAUUUUGUUCUCAGAUACAAAAUCCGAGCAGAGAGGUAAAGGAAAAAACAACUAUAACAACGUAGUAGGAAAAAUUUUAGACAUGCAGUAGAGGGCACUUGACAUUGUCUCACUAUGGCAGGCUGGUCUCCAGUGCCCAGCUAGAUGCUGUUAUGACCUAGCCCAUAGAGAACCACAUUGGGAUAGCGGACAUGUAGUGUUAAGCCAAUCAGUCCAGUUGGGUUGGGUCAUGUUUUCAUUACACUUUCUAGCUCUAACUAGGAAGAAGAAAUAGAAGGGAAUUUUACAACACAGAAUUUCAAUACUGAGGCAGUGUAACUGUAACAAAAUACCUGGUUACAGGAACUUUGCUUCUGAAAACCAAUUCUGUGAUAAGGUAAUACUAGUCCUGGUAGCCAGAAUAGAAUAAUGUCAUCAUUAGGUGACGAGGUAAUGAGAUGCAAAAUGGGGGACGCAAAGAAAACAAGUUUCUCUCAUCUUUUUAAAUUCAGAGUUUCAUCCUUGCUGUUUUCUAUGUAUUAUUUUGCAAUUCUUUUCCACAGAAUUACCCCUUCUGGCCAAAAAUCUGUAAAUGUAUUAAUUAAUAAGAAAAAAAUAUCUUUUUAGUAUGGAUACUUUUUUAAAACAAAAAAAAAUCUAAAGUGAUUCAAGUCACUAUUUUUGUUUCUGUCUAAAUUUAGAAUUUGGUGCUUUACUUGUCGAGCUGGUCUCAUAUCUGAUAAUUGUAACGGUAGGAGGAAAAGGCAAAUUCUGAGUCUGCACUAAACCUGUGGUCCAUAUUUGGAAACAAGAGUAGAUAGCACAGGCAGGCAGGCAUGUUCAAGCUGUUGCUGAAUGAUUGAAAAAAUGUUUUUUUCAGUGUCUUAAAUCCUCCAUAUUUGUGAUAUUUAAAAUACUAACUCUGCUCAUUAUCCAUUUGAACUACCUCCUGUGAACGAAAACAGCAAAGCACUCCAGGGUUCAUUUUCUCUUAAAUUGUGAAAACAGAAUCUAUCCCUAAAGCCUGAGGGACUCUUAAAGUUUGAUGUCAUGCAAGAACUAUCCACAGCUCAAAGCCUGGGGUAUUACAUAAAAACACUUGCGACUGUCUCAUGUGGCAGUGCUCAAAAUACCUGUAACACCCUACAUGUAGGAUUCUCCUCUGAAUAUGCAAGGGCAGUGUAGUAGGACAGGGCUAAUUAUGCCAAGCAGUUUUGUUCUCAUCCAAGUCUACAUGCAUCACAUGGGCAUUAAUAGCUAAUUGAUCUAAACACCAAUGAAACCGUUACACGAGGCAUGCAUUUGUUUGCAUAUCUCAUCUUUGAAAACUUGACAGGGGGAAUCCUGGUUCCAAGGUGAAGUGAAUUUUGUCACUGAUUUUCAUGGGUUUUCAACCCAAAAUGAAAGUGUGGGACUCAUACCCAUGUUGGACACCCUGGUAAACUUUGCGAAUUCUACUACCGUUUGCAGUUACUGUAUGUUUACUGUAGUGUUGUAGAGAUCCAAGUCACACCUACAAAGUCUAUAAAUGCAUUAUUUCUAUCAGGAAGCUGAUACAAUUUUAAGAAGUCUUAUAGAUUGAAAGAAGCUCAGUGUCGGCAAACCACUCAGGAGCUCAGCAACUCAUGACAGUAGAGAAGUUGAAGAGAGACCUUUUGCAUCUGCUGAUCACUGGCAGUCACAAUUCACAGACUAUUUCUGAGGAGUCCGUGGCUACAUCUAUACUGCUAAACAGUGCCAGGGCCUGCUCUCUGGCCUUUAGGUCAACUUGCACAAUCUGCCUAUGUCCAUACUGUUAAUCCUCUGACUGAUAGGAAUGGUCCCUGGACUAUGCUAACUCCUGAACAGUGCCCAAACAUUGUCUGGAAGAGCUCUAAUGGGCUGGGCUGCAGCUCUGCCAUUUAACAGUAAAGGCAAUCGUUUUCCUUUUUUUUUGGCCCAUACUCAGGACUGCUUAAUUUACCAAUACAGACACAGACUAUGUGUAUCUCUAUUGAACUCCAAAUACUUGAGUUAAGCUGUGUUCUGGAAGACUGAAGUCAAGUCACAUCUUUUAGGAAGGUUAGUUGAACUUUCCCUGGAAGUAAGAUUCAUCUGUGAAAACAAGGUCAAUCUGCAGAAGCAAGAAAAAAAAAGGAAAAAAAAAUCCUUACACAACCUCUUUAUAUGGUGCAGGAGCCCACUGAUUUUUCAUAACGUCUCCUGAGGGCCAGUAGAGCUCUGAUGGGUUCUGCAGCAUUUCCAGGCAUAAUCAAAAGGAGGUAUGGGCCUACAUGGCUGUUGGAUAUGAGAAAUUAAGGAUUUGGGCUAUUCUAAAUAAUGUUCCUAAUUGUGAACAGUUUGUCAACAAAUCAGAAGCUGAAAUCUCAUGACAAAACAUUACUUGAUUAUUUCAGGACUCAAAAUAUUUGUUAAUAUUGCGAACUGUUCAAAUGCUGUUUGCAAACAGAUAAAAAACUACAUUUGCCAAAUGACUCUUUUGUUGCACACUGCUAGUCCAGCUGUAGGCUAGCUGGGUGUGAAAGUGUGACAUUCAUGGCAUUAAAUAUAUUCAGGGCAUAUGUUGUGUGUUUACCAACACUAACAUACCAAAUACCAGAUUGAAGAUCACUUGCAGUUUACCAGAUGGAAUAACCUUCUUGACAAGACUGAUAUUUCAGCACUGUUAACUUAGAUAAUGAAAAUGCCAUCUUCUCCCGUCUAGUCCCAGUCUAGCGGUAUGAGCUCCCUGGAUGCUGUCUUGUUAUCUGUGCCUAUACCUCCAUUUGUAGACAUUCGUGUUUUACUUCUUUAGUCUGCAACAUAUCCUCCUGUACUGUAACUUUCUAUUGUACUUUGGUAGCCAAAAGUCUGAUCCUCCAUGAGUGUUCCUAAGAAAAUGCAUGCUCUGGAAUAUCUUUGUCAUUCCUUUUUUGUUAAAUAUGCUUUUUCUCAGCCAUCUGCUGUAGAGCACUUAGUUGAAAGUUACUAUUCUAAGGAACACUUUCAGACUGUAGUAUCCCAGUAAAGAAAUAAGUUAAGUCUGUUGAAACUCAGUGCUAUACAUAAAUGAGAUAAUCAUUUUUUCCUUCCUUAGCUCUAAAAUUGACAAAUGAUGUCUCAUCUGCUGUUACUCUGGGAUAGAAAUAUUUUAAGUUUAUCCCAAUUAUAUUUUUGUAUGCUGCAAAGUUUUUACCAUACACUCAACUUGAUCUUUUCCCCUUUAUAUGGAAGUAAAUUCUAAUAGGCUGGUAUAAAAAGCAUUCCAAUAUUGAUGGGUUGAGCUUGCAUGUUCUGGAGUGUAAGCAAGAACAUUGCCAAACUCUGGAGGCUUCAUGCUGAAGAAUAAGGAAGCCAACAAGAUUCUAAAAACAUCAGAUCCUCAGCUGAUAUAACUAACUAUAAAUUAUUUGAAAUCAAUGCCAUUAUGACCAUUUGAACCAGGUCACAAUCUGGCUAAAAACUGCAUGAGAGGCACAAAGAUUUUUUAAAGAUCUCUUGAAGACUGAAUGUAUGAUUUCUGUUGUGACUGCUAGAAGGCUUUAGUAUUCUGUUGGCUUCCUUGUUUUAUUUUGACAUGUUUUGUGCAAUUAUAUUGUGACACGUUGCUUUGGCUCCUCUAUGCAUCAGUUAAGACUUUUUGUGCUUCAGACGUUGAGGUUUUUUGUUUUGGCUGAAACAAAUAUUGUCUGAGAAGGCCUGAAAGUUUUAAAAAAUAGUUUUAAGAUUUAUUAUUUAUAAUUAAAUAAAAGAUUUGGAAAAUCGAUUCUACUCAUAAGAAUUUGAGAAAAUUCCAUCUUUAUGGAUGAAGGGGAGUAGCAAAAAAUGUCUGGUGCUGAAAUUCUGUUCACUUUUUAAUAUUUAGAGCUCAAAAUAUCUCUUUUCUCAUUAAAGGAGAGGAAAAUGUAUCUAUAAAAAAGAGAAAGCUGGUUAUGUAAGUGUGAGACAAUGAACACUUGAGUCCAAGGAAGUGGACAUACCAGAUGACCGGCACGUCGAUCUUCUAUUUUGUGUCAAUGUCUGUAUUGACAACAGAAAUGAGUGUUUUGCUAAACAUUUGGUUUUAGAAAGAAGUGUGAUGAUACAUACUGACCUGUACAAUCCCAUGAUUCUCACAGAAAGAGGUCCUAUCUACUGUCCUAUCUACUCAAUGUGAGAUAGAUGUCUCCUUUUUAAUGGGAUCCUUUGAGACCCUGUUCCAGCAAAGUACUUAAGUACGUUAGUAACUUUUAACAUCUCUGUUGUCCCAUCUGAAUCAAAGAAACAAUUAAUGUCUUUAAAAUAAAGCCCAGGCUUAAGUGCUUUGCUGGUGAGGGCCAUAUUGCAUAAAAAGACUGAGAUGCUGGCUAUCUAAACAGACUCAGUGACAGUAGUGAGAAGCUCAUUUGCUUUGGGUUAGUCUCUAUGAAAUUACAGCAUUACACUAAUCUUGAAGUAAUCUUUUUGAAUCACAAAAUACUUCUUUUGAGAGGGAGAAGAGAAUGAAAACCAAGCAUAGAGAAGAGUGUAUCUUUUUCUGUAUAUUUACUGUGGCUUUUCACAGUUGCUUUUGUUAUCUGCAAAGUUUUGGUAGGGAAGAAAAUGAGCUAAGUUUUUUUUUUCCUGCAGGUCUGCUUUAUACUUUAAAAAUGUCAGCACUUAUUUUUACUUCCCAGAACUAAGCAUGAUGGGAUCUUAAUUUUUUCAGUGUAACUUUUAUUGAAAUACAGUUUUAUUCUGUAUCCUGCUCUGUAACAAUCAUAUUCAGGAAGAGUAACACAUGACAGAGCAAGAGAGUUCAGAUGCACUGAGCUUGCAUGUCCAAACAACUUCCCAGAAAAUCCAUGUGAGAAGGUUGCAAACCAUGUGCACACUUCUUUCUUCUGCAGCCUCCCACAAUCCCUUUGCCACCAAGUUGUAGUUCCGGUCUCAUUUCAUGGCUGUGUGGGGGAGAGGGUCACGUGUAUUUGUCCUGCCUAAUGCAAGAGAGCACCCUACCGCUGCAGGGCUUGUUGUUAUGUCGUUAUCACUGGGUGAAAGGUAGUCCUGUGAGGUUUAAUAAGAAGGUAGUGUUUGACCCUAUGGAUCUGCUCUGAUCCUCCUUGACCUUAGUGCUGCAGGAGCUGGCCUCGAGUCUUCUUUGUAGGGGCUGCAUACAGCAUUUUCUGUCCCAGUCUGGCACUGACUCAGCUAUGGUGUUUCCUCAUUCAUGGAAGAUUUUGAACACACACACAUCGGUGUCUUGGAUUGGGUGAGAUUUAGGCACGCACAGGUACUUUCCUGAACAGGAUAGCUCUUUGGAUGAGCUGUGUUUGUUUUGGGCCAAGCUUUGUGAGUUAGUGUGAACAUGGUUAGAAAAGGCAUUGGUUGCAGAAGUGGCAGCAAGGCAGAGCUGCCUCCCAAGUGCGAGGAUGGAGGUCAGGGUGCUGUGCACGGGCCUGGCUGAAAAGAUCUAGCUGUGGAGGGAGAGGGAAUGAUGUGCAUGCUACUUUUAACUAUGGUUAUCCUGACUUGGCCAAGGAAAUCCAAUUCUUUUUUGCUUUUAUGUUCUAUCAACUGAAUAGUGUUUUUGGAGAUGGUUUAUCUUACCAUAGUUGUCUAAAAAUGCGAGGCCCAGUCUUAAGUUCAUCAUCUGCAUUUCUCUGUAGUAAAAUGAAAGAAACAGACACCUCCAGAAAAAAUGGGCCUGACUUACCUCAGCCACCUGUCCCUUAGCGAGAGGAAGAGUGGAGAGUCAUUGCAAACUCAAAGCAGGUGACUGACUUAGGUGAGACACCAACAUGAGAGCUACAGUGAAAUGAGACAAAUCCUGCUCUUCCAGGCCGCAAUAGUUCAUAGCCCUAUACUUACCAGCCCUGGAGUGAAGUAUUUUUCAGGAAGUUUGUCUCUAGGUUCGUUUCCUUGUUACAGUUGGCAGUGGUUCCUGACGUUGCAUUUGUGUUGUACUGUGGGGAUCUAAAUGUGAAGUUAAACCGUAUAGUGAUUAAUAUAACAAAACCGAUUUUGAUCUGGCCUUUGACCUGCUCCGUCUGUAGCACUGGACAACUUUUAUUUUCAGUCGUUCUGUGUGUUGGUUGCUGUUUAAUCCUGCGUACUGGGACAUAGUGUCUUUCUUAGCGCCAUGACACCAGUGCUUGGACAUUAAACUCUGCAAUUUUUCACUGGCCUUUUUGCACUGAGGAAGCCUAACCUCGUGCUCAGCACGCCCAUAGGCAGCAGCGAUGCAAAGCCUGUCAGUGCACUUUGGAGCCCAACCAGUAACAGCUGUUUGCCUAGUGGCAGGUAUGACCUCUCUAGGCAGUGGAGACGAGAGAGGCACUCACAGAAGGAAGGUGUUACACUGAUCCUAACAUCUCAUUUAUGAUCUUUCCUAAGCACCUGCUUUGUGCCCAGCCCACGACAGGAUUCAGACCUAGAAGUUUGACAGAAAAAAGUAUGGUCCACUGAGAUGUUUUGCCCUUGUAGAGUAUGCAACUCUUGCACUGACUGCUGAGGGAGCCUUGGCAAGUACCUUUGAUUAGCUGCCCACCUGUGGACAGUUCAAGUUAAGGGAGAUGAGUUCCUGUACAUUUAAACAUUGGUUAAAGCUUUGGAGCUUAGAGUUUUGGAGCAGUAAGGUCAAGCAAUUCAUUGCUAAAAUGGAAACUUUUGACAAAACUGGUCUUGGACUGUGGUACCCAUGUACCACAGCAUACUUGGACAAGCAGAUGUGUGGUAAUUUACAUUACUCUGUUUAUAUAGCCCUGCUGUAAGUUAGAGAAAGGUCAGGAUUUCACUCUGAACUCUGACGGUUAUGACUGUUCAUCCCUUUAAUGUUCACACAGGGAAGCAAAGAAUCCUGCCAAAAGCAGGAAUAUUAGAAAACGUUGAGGCUCCUCCAGAGCAGGGUAACUGUGGUGGAUGUUGUCUCUGUAUUUCUGUGGAGUGGCUGUGAGUUGUAGCUGCAGAGAUACUGCCCCACAUGUUGUCCCCUUUUCUUUGAGGCCAUGAAUGAUGUUCCUGUGUGCAUCCAUUUUCAUACCUGAACACCCCAAUGGGGUGCAACUGCACGGCAAUUACAUUCCCACCGUUUUGUAUGGAAAGCUGUUUCUAAAGAACGAUAUUAACAAAGGCAUUUUGAAAAGCCUUUGGGACCUACAAGUAGGAAGAAAAUGACGCUGUGUCAGGUCUUCUCUAACAGUUGGUGACAGGCUGAUCAUUUCUGUGCCCGUGACACCAGUCCUAUUAAUUCUGCCACACAGCACUAGUGAGUGUAUAAAGUAAGUGCUGAGUGUCACUGAAGUUAAUGAUGGGCUUUGCUUGUCAGGGACAGGGUUGGUAGGUUUUUCCAGGAUCACCCCCUACUGUCCUGCUCUGAAAUACCUAUUUUCAUAAUACACAGAGAUCAUUUUAACAGAUCCCACUGAGUAGUUUUUGUAACCUUAGAUAUCAUUGUGCAUAUUACACACAUCCAAAAGUUGCAGUUUGAGCCUGCAAGCCUAACAGCUUUGCUUUUAAUUAUGUAUGUUAGCAUAUUUCUAUUUCUGUACACAUUUCAUGCUGAUUUUGUGAAAGAGGAGUGGUACUUAGAGCAUGAAAUCUAGUGUCUUUUUUUUCUUAUUAUUUUCACACCUUAUAGGGAACCAUAACUUUGGAAUUGUGGUUAAAGAUCUAAUUUGAAGUUGUCAGUUAUAGAGUCUUUAAGAGAUUUAGAUUACUGCUGAGACACAUGCCAUGAUUAUAAAACAAAGGGUGACCAGUCCAAAUUGGUAUCCUUUGGCAAAAGAAAUUCCCAUGGCUCAGCCUGCCAGCCCAGAUUUUGUGCAUUGUUUAUGCCCACAAGAUACAUCAAGAUUUUGUUAAGCAUUGGCUUUGCGUUGGACCUCUGAGCAGGUCAGUCCUUACUUAGCAAUUGCUUAUGUCCUUAUUUGCUGGGUAUUUGUGGUUACUGUCCACAUGGGUGGUAGAAAUGAGCUUUUUGAGAACAGUGCAAGAUAGUUUGAGAUAAGGAGCCAACUUUUUAAACUUCCAUGAGCUAGAGAAUACCUGAAGUUCUAGAUCUAAAGAUGUGCUUCUCUUCACUACCACUCUUUCAAGAAGAAAAAAAUCUAAAAUGUCUUUUUAAGCAGAUUGUGAGGCAACAAGGAAAUCUUAUUUUUAAAGUUGACAGGGCCUUUUACUACAGUGGCAUCUGUGAAGUCUUUUUUUUUUUUUUUAACCCUGCUUUAAUUUAUUUUAGAAAUACAUCUGAUCUAAUCAUUAUACAAACUCCGUUCUAUUACUUCAAAAAAGCAGCUUUCCUGGGUUCAAUGAUAGUUAUACCAACCCUUACAGAUGUGAAUGAGUUGCUGAACAAUUUAAGAAAAUAUUGAAAAAAUGCUCCUAAAUUGUGGUAAAAGUUAGUAAAUGAAAUUUAAAGAGAAAAUUACAUUGAUAUAUCUAAAAAGAAAGCAAAGAAGUCCUGAGGUAUAGCCAAGCCUUUACUUGUGUCGGUAAAGAUUUGUGCAAUAUCUUAUCUCAGUCAGUUGACCCUAUUGUGAGGUACUGCCCUUGAAUCUGUCAUUCAAUUAUUUAACAUUUGUUCUUUUGUUUUUAAAGCAAGAGUCAAUGCAAGUAACAUUUUAUAUCAGCGUGCUGAAGUGUGCAUAUUCUGUAUAUCUAAUAUGUAAUUGUUGUCUCUUGUUUCUGUAAUGCAUUUGCAUUACUAUGAAUCAAUUUUAUUAUGCUUCUCUAGAGACUAUUGCUGCCUGCACGCUGUGAUAUAUUUGCACUGUUGUAGAUAUAUAUAUAUAUGCAUACUUAUAUAUAAUGAUAUUAUAUCAACCAUGUCUUUUUCAGGUUGCUUGUUACCUUUGUAGUUUAUGCUUACUGGUACAGUGGACCUCAGUAAAAUGUGGGAUGUGGGGCAUUCUGAUGAUACAUUACAAUAAUAGAGAUAUCUUUGUAUAUUUCUGUAUACUUAAUACCCACGAGAGAUUUGUACGUGCAUUAUUUUCCAAACUAGGGCUUUGUUUUCUGAGGAUAGAGAACAUUUAUGAUAAUGUAACAAAAAAGAAUCAAAUAAAGUGUUAUUAUUUUCAGACAGA